UUUUGCUUUAACUUACGUAGAGAGUUUAUUUUAAAACAAGGAAGCCGGGUGGACGGCAGAGCAGCUUGUUUAUAUAAACCCGGAAACAUCAACAGAGGGAGAGAGAGGGAGGGAAGAGAAGGGAGGGAGAUACAGCGGUACAGGGUGAGAGUCACAUUACAGCCCAAGAGGACGCCUGCAGCAGAGGCAGUAGCAGCCGCCGAGCGGAGCCCAGCUAGCUCUCUACCUGGUCCUUCAGCCCCGAGCUAUUGAAUUACACCCACUUUGCUAAGAACAGGCGGGGGUGGGAAAGCCUGAGAGAGAGAGGACUGAGCCGGGAGCAGAGAGGGUGAGACUGGCCGGGAGGGGAACUUCACUGCUCCAGCCUGACCCUGCCUGGGCCAGCGACCCUUCUUGCUGGGGACUGCGGAGCGGAGUCGAAGGCUUCCUCUUCCUCUCCCUCUCUCCCAGAAGUGGAUCAACAGGUGUCCCAGGCACUGAGAAGCAGCCGGAGGUUUAGAAAGGGAGAGGCAGACAGACUCCGAAUCGGGGGCCAGAAGAAAGUUGUUCCCAUUCCUCUUCCUCUGCUCCAACUCCACCUUCUUCCCCUUUGCUCUCUUGGUCGUCCAAGAGGCGUCUGCACUUGGCUAGUCGGGGUCUUCGGGUGAUUCCACCCGAGAGAAGGACAGGAGAAUAUCAAGACCCCCUUUUUUCCUUCUGCCUUAAACAACCUCCAACAGCACCACAAACUUUAGGAAAAGAGAGUUGGGGGGAAGGCGGGAGAGAGAAAGGGAGGCGGUGUCUCUCUCCCCCAGAGAUUCAGACAUGACGGGUCUGGAAGAAGACCAGGAGUUUGACUUUGAUUUCCUUUUCGAGUUUAACCAGGCCGACGAGGGCACCUCCGAGGCAGGCAAAGAACACUAUAAUUACACAUCUUCAAAUAUCAAUGCUGGUUUGCCUCUCAAUGUGCCCCAUCCCUCAUUGUCAACCCCAUGCCAUGAUCUUCAGACAUCUAAUCCAGUCAUUUCAGUUGUACCAUCAACAAAUCAUCCUUCUGGAUAUGGAGGCAGUAUUGACAGUGGGACCUCAGGAUAUUAUCUUUCUUCUAAUGUCAGACCUAAUGGAGCCCCAGCGCUAGAAAGUCCUCGGAUUGAGAUAACUUCUUAUUUGGGACUUCAUCAUAACAACAACCAGUUUUUUCAUGAUGCUGAUGUUGAAGAAACAAUACCAAAUUCUAAACGAUCUCCUUCUACUGCCACCUUGAAUCUACCAAACAUUGAAGCUUAUAGAGAUCCAUCUUGCCUGAGUCCAGCUAGUAGCUUAUCUUCCCGAAGCUGUAAUUCGGAAGCAUCAUCAUAUGAAUCCAAUUAUUCUUACCCAUAUACAUCUCCUCAGACAUCGCCAUGGCAGUCUCCUUGUGUCUCUCCUAAAACCACUGACCCAGAGGAAGGAUUUCCACGGGGUAUGGUAGCCUGCAAUUUGCUGAAUUCUCCAAGGCAUUCUCCAUCUACAUCCCCAAGAACAAGUAUUACAGAGGAAAACUGGCUCAGUACCCGUAACUCCAGGCCAUCUUCUCCUUGUAACAAGAGAAAAUAUAAUCUAAAUGGGAGGCAGACAUCUUACUCACCACAUCAUUCACCAACACCAUCUCCCCAGAAUUCUCCUCGAGUUAGUGUGACAGAUGAGACAUGGCUAGGAAACACCAACCAAUAUACCAGUUCUGCCAUUGUGGCUGCUAUUAAUGCCCUUACCACAGACAGCACAAUAGACAUGAAUGAUGGAAUUCCUAUAAAGUCCAGGAAAACUGCCUUAGAGCACACUCCUUCCAUGACACUCAAGAUAGAACCAGCUGGGGAAGAUCAUGGGACCAUAUCACCCACGUCUGAUUUAUCACCUGAAGAAUUUUCCAGCUUCCAGCAUAUCAGGAAAGGAAAUUUUUGUGAUCAGUACCUCUCUGUGCCACAACAUCCAUACCCAUGGGCCAAACCAAAGCCUCUGUCUCCCACUUCAUAUAUGAGCCCGUCUCUGCCUGCCCUUGAUUGGCAGCUGCCAUCUCACUCAGGACCUUAUGAACUUAGGAUUGAAGUACAGCCCAAAUCCCAUCACAGAGCUCAUUAUGAGACUGAAGGAAGUCGAGGGGCUGUGAAGGCAUCUGCAGGAGGACACCCUAUUGUGCAGCUACAUGGGUACUUAGAAAGUGAGCCGCUCACGCUACAGCUGUUCAUCGGGACGGCAGACGACCGCCUGCUGAGACCCCAUGCUUUCUACCAGGUCCACCGGAUAACAGGGAAAACCGUCUCCACCACCAGCCACGAAGCAAUCCUCUCCAAUACCAAAGUCCUGGAAAUUCCACUUCUGCCAGAAAAUAACAUGCGAGCAAUUAUUGAUUGUGCUGGAAUCCUAAAACUCAGAAAUUCAGACAUUGAACUACGGAAAGGUGAAACUGACAUUGGAAGAAAGAAUACACGAGUGAGACUGGUUUUCCGGGUUCAUAUUCCACAAUCUAAUGGCAGGACUCUAUCUCUACAAGUGGCAUCAAAUCCUAUUGAAUGUUCCCAGAGAUCUGCCCAAGAAUUGCCUUUAGUGGAGAAACAAAGCACAGACAGCUAUCCAGUGAUCGGUGGGAAAAAAAUGAUAUUGUCUGGUCACAACUUUUUGCAAGACUCAAAAGUAAUUUUCGUGGAAAAAGCACCAGAUGGUCACCAUGUGUGGGAAAUGGAAGCAAAAACUGACAAAGAAAUGUGCAAGCCAAAUUCACUGGUGGUUGAGAUACCACCUUUUCGCAAUCAGAGAAUUACCAGUCCUGUUCAGGUUAAUUUCUAUGUCUGCAAUGGAAAGAGAAAGAGAAGCCAGUACCAGCAUUUCACCUACCUUCCUGCAAAUGUUCCAAUUAUAAAAACAGAACCCACUGAUGACUAUGAGCCUGCUCAAACCUGUGGACCAAUGAACCAAGGAUUAAACCCUCUCUCUAAGCCAUACUACAGCCAACAGAUCAUGAUGCCUCCUGAUCCUGGUUCUUGCCUUGUGGCUGGCUUCACUUCCUGUCAGCAGAGAAACACUGUGAUGUCAUCCUCUCCCAACUCAAGCCCCAAGCUUCAUGACCUGUCCUCUUCUGCUUACAACAAGUGCAUCACGAAUCCAGGCCACAGCCACCUAGGACUUCAACAGCCCGCUGGAGGUGUCCCUACCAUCCAGGAAGUGCCAAGGUCUAUAGUUGUACACCCAAGCUCUCCUGAUCAAUCAUCUCACAUCAUGCUGCAGCCGCAGGUGAGUCAACAUCUGAGCAGUAGCUGUUCCCUUGGUUACCAACAAACACUCUAUCCCAACAGUCCCUCUUCUCCAGUUCCAUCUGUUACCCAAGAGUCAACCUAUUUGCAGUCCUGCAGUCCAACUCACUCAUCCAUAAUGGGUCAACAGCAGCACCAACUGCCGAAAGUUCAAAGAAAUGAAUCUCCAACCAAUCAGCCACUGUCAUUGCCAGAGUUGCAUGAGGACAGUAAUCAUAAUUUGGCCCCUAUUCCCGUAACGAUCAAGCGAGAACCUGAGGAAUUGGACCAGUUGUACCUGGAUGAUGUAAAUGAAAUAAUAAGGAACGACCUCUCCAGCACCAACGUCCAUGCAUAGCUUGCUUUGCAAUAUUGGAACUAGUUCAGAACCCUCAUGGUUUCUCUACAGCUGGCAGGUCAGCUUCUGCAAGAGACUGCCUGAAUGAACUGAAAACAUUACUGGUACCACUUGGAUCUUCCAACUUGACUGAAUGCUGGGAGCUGAAGAUUUCUAUCAUGUAUUAUAUAUUAUAUAUAUUAUUAAAAAGUAGCUCUUUGACUUCAUCAGCAGAAGAUAUUCUGGAGAAAAACAAAGUCAUCUCAAGAAAAAAGGGGGAGGAUGUAUGUGGACAAAAAAAACUUAUGUGGUGGCACUUUUUACUGGAGGAAAUGGGGAAACAACAGAAUGAUAGAUUGGACCCAGACUUCAUCUUUUUGGCAUGGCUAAAAUUUGAAACUGGAAGUGCCUUAUUUUACCAGAUUAUAGCAUCAGAGCAUCUUAGUAGGCUUUGAAUUUGCUACCAUAUGAGUAUUUGUAGGAGUAAAAACUAUCAAAGAUUUCAUUCUUAUGCUUAAUCUUUUUCUAAAUCAAAAGAAUACUGCCCAUGACGGGUGGGGGUGGGAGGAGCCUAUAAAGUUUCCUGAAUGUGCUUCAAUUUUUCCUCUGCUUUAAUUGAUGAUUUCUUGCCUUAUUCAGUGCAUUUCAGAAUCCUUCCAGUUUGUCAUCUCAGCUCUUCUUCUAUCAUAGCCUCUUUUUCCCUGUGCUAGCAAACCAUAGGAUUGUUAAUUGUAGCAUGCUAAGAUUUUUUUUAUUUUUCUCUAGCUUUAAACAUAGCACAAGUCAGUUAAAUAGCACAAAAUAGAUUGAUGGACAAAACAUUGAUAUCUGUCUAUUACAUGAUAGAUCUUGCAUUUGCAUGUACAUACAUCUAAAGGACAUAUAUUUAUGCAUAACAAAUAAUAGAGUUGGUGAUUGUCAGCCUUCAGCCCAGCAAGGGCAUCAAGUUUAGCAAUAAUCAGUAUCCAUUUUAAGAAAUGCAUUUCAGACUCCAAAUCUGACUUUUCAAUUAUGUCUGUUGGGGGCUAUCACCCCAUAAAUAGAUAUGCAUUUUUCUAGCCUCAUGCAGUUAAACAAGCACUUUAGAAAGCCAGGAAAGAUGCAUACUGAGAACAUGUUCUUUACCAAAUGGCAAAAGAUGAAAAUAAGUGUACAUACCAUUAAAAAAGAGUGUAAAAUAUUUGUUCAAUUAUAAGAUUAUUAUUCCACAGAAGCCUUAUAACUCUCUGCUUCAUGAAAGAAAGAUAUUACCAAAAACAAUGUUUUAAUAUGUAGCGCUGUAUAGGAUGUUUUCAAAUGAAUUCAUGUUAAUGGAGCACCUAAUAGGUUAGCUUAGCCUUUAUUACUGUAUUUUGUACAAUGAACUGCUUAUUCUACAUUAUUACUAGCAGUGACCUAUUAUUUCAUAUAACCAAAAAAUUAAAAAAAAAAAAAAAGCAUGGCUUAAUUAACAAUGUUUAACCUUAAUAUUGUGCCUUAGGAAUCAAUGCCCCCUUAAGGAACAUGCCUGUAUUACAUCCUCAGGUGGAGGUUGUAAGUUACUACUUAAAUGCAGUGUCAUGAAAUGGAAGAACUUUUCUUGCAUAAAGAAUCACCUUUUCAUAUAUUCUUCUGUAUAAUUAUGUCUUACUUUUAUUGAAAAAAAAAACAGUAAACCCAAAAGCCAUAUUUGUAACAUUUGCACAUAACUGUGAAGAGCUGAGAAUAGAAUAUGGCUGUGUGUACAUAUUGGGCAGUUACUGCUCCUGUUAGCAAACUAUAUUAUUCCCUACCUGUUUAUUCCCAAUUAUUUACCUAGUACUUAGCAUCAUAAAAGUUGCAUGAAAUAUGUUUUGUAGACUGCCAUCUUAAAGUAAAAACUUGGAUAGUUGUAUAAGCUAUCUUUGUAGUUAGAAAUUAGAUUCAAUAAAGCAAUCUAUUAUAUAAUUAUAAUUUUUAUUUUUUGCUGGAAA